AUGCGAAGCCUUUACGUCCUACUUUUGGUAGCUGUCUGUAUUGCUACCGUUGCUGCUCAAUGGGGAAAUGGUCCCUAUUACGGAGGAGGAAUGCGCGGACCUUACGGCGGUAGAGGAAUGUACGGUAGGCAAGCCUAUGGAAUGCGUAGCCCGUAUGGUGGCGGCAUGAACCCUAUGCAAGGCGCUAUGAUGGGAGCUAUGAUGGGUAUGAUGAGGGGUUAA